CUCGCCGGCUGUGUCUCUCGGUGCCCUCAGCACGAGGGUGCCGGCCCAGGAGGGCUUCCCAGAACGCUCUGCUUCGCCUUCUGCCGAGUGGCGCUGAGUCCCGCAGGCGCCUCUCAGGAUGAAGUGCCACUACGAGGUCCUGGGGGUAAAGCGCGACGCCUCCGACGAAGACCUCAAGCGAGCCUACCGGAGGCUGGCGUUACGUUGGCAUCCAGACAAGAACCUCGAAAACGCUGAAGAAGCGGCCGAGCAGUUCAAGCUGAUCCAGGCUGCGUACGACGUCCUGAGCGAUCCCCAAGAAAGAGCCUGGUACGACAAUCACAGGGAAGCUUUGCUGAAAGGGGGCGUCGAUGGAGAAUACCAAGAUGACAGCCUGGACAUCUUCCAAUAUUUCACCGUUACCUGUUACUCUGGCUAUGGAGAUGAUGAGAAGGGCUUCUUCGCGGUGUAUCGGCACGUCUUCGAAAUGAUUGCGAAGGAAGAAAUGGAAUCCAUGCCGGAGGAAGAUGCUGAAGAAUUUCCAAGUUUUGGAGACUCCCAGAGUGACUUUGACACGGUCGUCCACCCCUUCUAUGGAUACUGGCAGAGUUUCUGCACCCGGAAGAAUUUUGCCUGGAAGGAAGAGUACGACACCAGGCAAGCCUCCAACCGCUGGGAGAAGCGAGCGAUGGAGAAGGAGAACAAGAAGACGCGCGACAAAGCCAGGCGGGAGCGCAACGAGCUGGUCCGCGAGCUGGUGGCCUUCAUCCGGAAGAGGGACAAGCGGGUUCAGGCGCACCGGAAGCUUCUGGAAGAGCAGAACGCUGAGAAAGCGAAGAAGGCGGAGGAGCUGCGCCGGAAGCAGAAACUGAAGCAAGCAAAGCUGGUGGAGCAGUAUAAGGAGCAGAGCUGGAUUGUCAUGUCCGAUCUGGAGCGAGAACUGCAGCAGAUGGAAGCCCAGUACGAAAAGGAGUUUGGAGAUGGUUCUGAUGAAGGAGAGAAGGAGGAGGAGCAGGAGUCAAAAGAUGAUAAAUUGAGUGAAGAGGUUGACGAGGCUGACUUUUAUGAUGAUCUCUACUGCCCUGCUUGUGAUAAAUCCUUCAAGACCGAUAAAGCCAUGAAGAACCACGAAAAGUCCAAGAAGCACAGAGAGAUGGUAGCCUUGUUGCGGCAACAACUGGAGGAGGAAGAGGAGGGAUUUUCUGUUGCUGCGGCUGAUGAGAAUGAACUGAAUGCUGACGAGGAAGAGGAGACAGAAGAGCUACCCAAACAAAAGCUCUCAAAGAAGCAGAGAAAGAAACAAAAACCAAUGAUGGUGCAGGAAGACCCUCCCAGCGACAAAAGCCCAGGGGAGCCCCCAGCCGAGUUUUCUACCCAGGCCGGUAGCACCAAGCAGAGCAGCGAGACUGACGAAGCGGGAAACGUCAGCCAAAGCCACAACCUGGAAGAUGCAAGUGCUGGGGAAACUGCAGAGCCCACCACAGAGCCCAAAGUAGAGGUGAAAAGCAAUAUGAAAGCAAAAGGGAAGAAAACGAAAGACACAAAGAAAAGCUCUGCUCCAAGAGGAUCUUCAGAGCAUCAAGCAAUGCACGAAGCUUCCCUCCAGUGUGUUACCUGCAGCUGUGAGUUCCAGUCGCGGAAUAAGCUCUUCGAACAUUUAAAAGCUACGGGCCACGCCAAAGCAGUCCAAGCGCCGGCCAUGAACGGAGCCGUCAGCAGCAGCAGCAGGAGCAAAAAGGAAAAGAGGCGGAACAGAUAACAGGACUUUCUGAGAUGUGCGAGAGGAACUCCUGACCGGUUUACAGGGCCACCGUGGCAAAGGCCCCUCGCUUACCCCAAGGAGGCGCAGGAUUUGCACCAUGAAUUAAACAGGGUCAGAAACACCUAGCCCCGUAACACUGUGCUAGCGCAUUGUUUAAAUUGUUCCAUGUUGUUGGGUGUUCUGCCCCCACAAAAAACCCCCAGUCCUCCUUUAAAAUCGAUGCCUCAAUUGCGCUAACAUUUUGUAACACCUCUCCCUCCCC